CCAUUUCUAAGGUGCUCAUUCAAGCAACCCAUAAUAAUGUUAGAUAACUAUAUAAUUAGCUAUAUAAAGCUAAAACAGAGCAGCAGGUCCUCCAGUUCUGGGAGAAGUCCCAGAUUCCAAGCUAGCUCCCAUGGAGGAGUACAACUGCAUCUACAGCCAUCAUCUUUAGAUCCAGAACAGCUUUGAAUCUAUAGCCAUUUUGUCUUUCUUAAGGCUAAGUCAGCCCUUCAAGGAAUUCUUAUGGCAGGACAAGUUGCAGCAAUAAAAUUACGACAGUUUAUAGAUCCAGCACCAGAGACCAUUCCAGGAACUAUUUUUCAUCAGGGAAAGGAUGUUAUUGGUUACUUUCCUGGACAGCUGGCACGACUUUACAUUGCGUAUCCUCCUGAAGGACAAUUAAGACCUUUUACUAAGCUACCACCAGCUCCAAAAAAAGAAGAAAUUAUAUAUCCGCAUGAGUUUGAUUAUUUAAUUCUGCACCAGUAUAUUCACUAUCAAGAUGCAAAGAUGAAGGUCUUUGACUGGUACACACAGACUACAUACAAAGAAGCAUUUACAUUACCGUGUUUCAAAUCAGGCAGUGCAGAUAGCUAUCGCCACAGAUCAGAUGCUGAAAUACUGUCACUUUGGAAAAGUACACCUGCUAUGACGAAAGAGAGAAUUAAACCUUCUUUCAUGGGUUUUGGAUAACUUCUAACUUCUGAAGUUCUUCUCUUUUUUAAAGCAACAAUAUGAAAAGAUCCUAUUAGACUUCUUUUAAUCCAAAUGUACUAAAGAUGACUGCUAACCCUAUGGAAAAGCUGAACAAUUUUAAAUAUGGUUAAUUUAAAUUUGAUAUAGAUCCCUUCUAAAUUUCCAUUGUAAAUAGCUGAAAGAUAAAGAAAACAUAUUUCAGUCUAAGAAAUGGAAGUUCAGCAAAAUAAUGGAUUAAGAAGCAACAUUGCAGCCUCUCGCUGUAGUAAAUAGCAGGCAUUGUUUUUAUGAAUAGUUCUAUUUUGUCUUAAAUACACAAAAUUAAAAAGUAAUAUAUAAAAUCCUAAGAAACAAUUUUUCUUUACCAUUUCGUAGUCACUGCGUGAUUAUUACUAUGUAGUUUUUAAUCACCUGUUUGGAUAAUUUAAUAAAAUUUUUAUGGCAUCACUACACAUUUUGAACAUUUAGAAAUAUUAUUGGCACUAUUUAUUUUUAUUUAUAUUUUUCCAGAAACUUUCUAGUGCACUGAAGGAAAAUCAUUUAAGAACACUGAAUAAUUUUGCACAUUAAUCAAAAAGUAGUACCCAACAGCAUACCCUGUUAUUAUCAUUUUUGGGUGCCUGGUUCAGUCUUAUUUUUUUCUAAUCACAGAAGUGCUCCAGCAUACAAGUGACAUGAACAACAUAGAUUGGCAGCUUUGUAGAUUUGUAAUUAAUUAUGUGCAUUGUAUGCAUAUUCUCUUUGUAUUACCACAGUAAUUUAAGGAUAUUUAUUAUCAACUCGUCAGAGGUUUGUAUUCCUAUAAAACUAAGAAAAAGAGUCUGAGAAAAUAUACAAUGUCUGUGCUUCAUGUAACAAAGCAAUACAAAUUUGUGCCAUUCUUUAAACCACAUUUCAAGCACUUCCAUGGUAACUUAACUUAAUGGCAUUGAUAUGCCCCUUGCAUGUUUUCUGCAACAUGUGCUUAUUUCACUCUGGUCCUCAAUGUACAUUUUUCAGAAGGAUAUAAGGAUCAUGGCCACUCUUGAAUAACCCAGGAUAUAAUUUAACAAAUGACAGAAAAGAUCAGGACAUGUAUUUUCUAAUAACACUAAUUAACAGGAAAAGAUUCUCCUAUUAGAACAGGGCCACUCUUUUUUACAAUUACAAAACCAAUCUGGAUGAUGAAGAUACUAAAGCCCUAAAAGCAAAUGUCUAUGGAGAUUCUCAAUCAUCCAGAUCAUGGUUGUCCCAAAGGUGCUUUUCCAAAAGGCAACUGGACUUUCUGGGUUGCAUUCCCUGAAAACAUUUCACUUCUCAUCCAAGAAGCCUCUUCAGUUCAGCUUCUAUAGAAAGCAAAUUAAUUUUUUUAUUCCUUUUUUACCCAGACAUAACUUGUUAGAGCUUAAAACUUGGGACAAACACAAAUGUGUAAUCAGUAAAGUUGUUCUGAGGGAUCUGUACCAUCUGUAUGUUAUACAUGGCCCAAAGGAACAAGCAAUAAGAGCACUAGCUCUUCAAGCACAUAGGCUAUUUGACAGAGCUCUAAGAAACUUGACAAAUCUAGACACAGAACUUAAAUGUGUGUAGAGUGCACUAAACUAAAGUCUGAGGUUUUUUCCUUCAUAUGUGCAAAAGUAAAAUCUGUAGCAUAUUUAUAAAAUAUAAAAAAAAUGCUCUGGUAGCCAAUAUACAGUAGCAUUAUUCACUCCACGCUAAAUAUAAGCUUAAAUAAAACUAAUGUUCAAAUAUUCAAUAAACACAGAAAAAUACAGAAUAGAAAGUAAUAGAGUAAGAAAAGUACUAAUUUGCUCAGUGUAUUUCUAUCGAUGUUAGACAUAAAAUCUUAAAGACAGAAUAUAUUGGUGUUAGUCUAGUAAGAAAACAGAUAUGCAAGAAGCCAACAUUCCAAAAUGGGGACGGAGGCAAUUUUGAAAGCAUUACUAUCAAUGCUGUGCUUAGGACCAAACCACAAUUCUGCUUUAUCUCAAAGAUGCUUUUUCACGAGGCAACUGGACUUUCUUGUUUUUCCUUUGAAGAUGUUUUGCUUCUUCUCCAAGAAACUUCUUGAGCUCUGACUGGAUGGUGGGGAAUGGAAGGAUUUAUA